ACUGGAUCGUACGUACAUUAAAUACAACACAUGUACGUAAGUUAUCCGGACUCGACAGUAUCCGUCGCAUUCGACGGCGAGAUGUCGGCGCGGGACCGGCAAGUGGCGCAGGAACUGGCCCAAGCAUGCCGUGAGACAGCGGCGCAAGCGAUCGCGGCCACGACAGCAUCUGGCCAGGCCAGUGUUAUCUACCACAAUCGUGGCAAGUUUGGAAGCAGAAAGGAGGCAUUCAAUGCCAAGAUCGCGGCUGCCAAGGCCAAACGUGAAGCCAAGGAAACAAGUGGAACAUGAUCCGUGUGGAUCAUGUCGGGGCAUGAAGGAUAACGAUAUCUUGUACAUUGACUCGUCUACUUUCCGUCGCAUCAAAUCCAGGCAUCGAACGAGGCGCGCAGGCUUGUCACCACCGACGCCAUGAUGAUGUGCUCCAAGACAGGGCAUUGCACUGCUUGCCAAUAUGAGGAAACCGUACACAGUUGGGUCUUCCUGUCUAUUUUGGUACCCUCGGUCGGCUUGCGAC